UGAUCUUGGACAUCUAACCUCCAGAACUGUGAGAGAAUCUAUUUCUGUUGUUUAAGCCACCCAGUGUGUGGUACUUUGUACACCAGCACUAGCAAACCAAUACACUGGUUGAUGUGCGGAUGGGGCGGAGAUUGUGAAGGUGGUCCCCAAGUGACUGAGUUUGGGGAAGCUGGUACUGGGCAAAGGCAUGGGUUUGGCUGGAAUCCUAGCCUUGUCAGUUCCUAGUUGUGUGAUCUUUAGCACAAUCUUAACCUCUCUGAAUCUCAAUGUCUUGGUUUAAAGAAUGGGCCGAUAGUAAGCACCUUGCCUGGAGGUUGUAGGAUUAAAGAUGUGAUAAUGUGUGUAAAUGCCUGGUGCUCAAUAACUGGCAGUCUCCUUAUGGGAAAGCAGGCACCAAGGGGGCCAGGGAUUCAUCCUUUAAUUUGAGCACCAAGUCAGCAGAGUCCUGGGCCUCCUUAUCCCUGCAUUGGAGGCCAACCAAGGUGAGUCAGCCUGGGGGAACCCAGGAGACGGCUGAGGUGCUGGGGGUGGAUCUCUAGGGGCCACUUCACUGUGGGUUUGCUCCUUUAGGAACCAGGAGCCAGGCACUCUCCCCAAUUCACACCUUGUGAGAUGCGACUCAGAUUGGAGCAGCGACUUGUUCUAGGCCACCCAGAUGGACAGGGACAGUGCCAGGAGCCAAGCCCGGAGCCCGCGGCCUGAUCCCUAGGAUGCACGGGGCUUGUACCUUCUGCGUUCCGCCUCCAGCUCUCAGAGCAAGUUGGAAGAUUGCUCCGCCCCUUCCCUUCCGCCUUCCCAGCCCGCGCGCUCCCAGGGAAGGGGCGGAGUUCUUCGGCUCUGAUGACACCGUCGCCACGGCAACGCGGCCAUACUGGCCCCAACGGACCCGGGAUCUGGGGCUGCGGCGCUGCGGCCUCGUGGGCAGAUCGGAGCAUGGACAGCUUCUUCGUGGAGGAGGUGGCGGCCUCCUUGGUCAGGGAGUUCCUCAGCAGGAAGGGCUUAAAGAAGACGUGUGUGACCAUGGACCAGGAACGCCCACGCUCUGAUCUCAGCAUAAACAGCAGAAACCAUCUCCGAAAGGUUUUGCAUCUUGAAGUUCUCUGCAAGGAGAACAAGGCAAAGGGAAAUCCUCUAAAAACAAACCUUGAACUCAUCACCAGAUAUUUUCUGGAUCACUUUGGAAAUACUGGUAACGAUUUUACUCAAGAAACACCAAUCCCUGCACUCUCAAUACCAAAGAAAAGUAACAAAUUACCAUUGAGAUGCUCAGAGACCGCGCUGGUAAAUAUAUAUGACCUUGCAAGUGAAGAUGCGAGUUGGAGAACAUCAUUGUCAGAAACAAGCAAAGCCAGACACGACCAUCUUAAUGGGGAUGUACUUGGUAAUUUUGCAUCAUCCAAAAGGGCCUCCCACAAAAGUAAGCCCUUGCAGACUGUCCCAGGUGAAAGCCCUCCUGUGGCUCCUGCUUGGGAGAAGAUGGACAAGCUUCAGUCUUCAGAGCCUUCUUUGGACACGAAGAGGAUGGGAGAGAAGAUCAGGCCGAAGUCUGGCCUGAUUGUCCGAGGCAUGAUGGCCGGGCCCAUCGCCAGCUCCCCACAGGAUUCCCUCCGCAAACGCUCGCUGAGGCAGUCCCCGGCCUUGAGCAGCACGACCCAACCCCACGAGGAGGGGAGCCUACAAGCGCCCGAGCUGUCUGCUCACACCCCAGCCUGUCCCCCGCCUGUCCCGCAGGAGGGCCUGGCUUCCAGCACCACCUCCACCCCCAGGAGCACCCUGGGCCUGCUCAGCCAGCUGACCUUGGAAAAGUGGAGAGCCUCGCCCAGCAGCCCUCCUCCCCUGCCAGGCAAAGGGCUUCCCCAGAGCGGGAGCGGCCGGUGGAGAGACCUUUCAGAGGACAGCCCAGCCGCGGACAGUGGCCUAGAGGCCGACAGGACCGCCUUGAACUUCUCCUUGUCCAGUGGGAAUGCCCCGACGACCCAGGAGAGGCUGGAAAGAGUCUUCAAACGGCAGGGGAGCCAGCCCCCGGCCCUCAGGAGUCAUCAGUUACCAGCAUCCAAUAAGGUCGACGGUGAGCUCGCUGUGCUGCAGCUUGAGGAUGUGGAGGAUGAAUUGCCAAGGGAAGAAGUCAUCCUGUCUCCAGUGCCAUCGAUACUCAAGCUGCAAGUAGAGUCGAAGCCCAUCGACCUCUCAGUGGCAAAGGACAUAAAGACCAUUCUGUUUGGUUCCAGCUUUUGCUGUUUCAACGAAGAAUGGAAACUUCAGAGUUUUUCCUUUAACGACUCAGCAUCAUUAAAAUAUGGCAUCGUGCAGAACAAGGGUGGUCCCUGUGGGGUUCUGGCAGCUGUCCAAGGCUGUGUCCUACAGAAACUCCUGUUUGAAGGAGAUAGCGGAGCUGACUGUGCUCGGCAGCUGCAGCCUUCAAACGCUCUUAGGACCCGCUGCCUGGCCCUGGCCAUCGCGGACAUUGUGUGGCGGGCUGGAGGCCACACGAGAGCCGUGGUGACGCUGGCUUCGAGAACACAGCAGUUCAGUCCAACCGGGAAAUACAAAGCAGAUGGAGUCUUAGAAACACUCAUACUCCACAGUUUGACCUGCUACGAGGAACUGGUGACUUUUCUUCAACAGAGCGUCCAUCAGUUUGAAGCAGGCCCCUAUGGAUGUGUCCUGCUCACCCUGUCGGCCAUCCUGUCCAGGUCCACAGAGCUUGUCCGCCAGGACUUCGACGUCCCCACCAGCCACCUGAUUGGAGCACACGGAUACUGCACGCAGGAACUUGUCAAUCUGCUCCUGACCGGGAAAGCCGUGUCCAAUGUUUUCAACGACGUGGUUGAGCUCGAUUCCGGGAACGGGAACAUCACUCUCCUCAAAGGCAUCGCCGCGCGCAGCGACAUCGGCUUCCUGUCCCUCUUUGAACACUACAGCGUGUGCCAGGUCGGCUGCUUCCUGAAGACCCCGAGGUUCCCCAUCUGGGUGGUGUGCAGUGAGAGCCACUUCAGCGUCCUCUUCAGCCUGCAGCUGGAGCUGCUGCAAGAUUGGAGGGCCGAGAGGCUCUUUGACCUGUACUACUACGACGGCCUGGCCACCCAGCAGGAGCAGAUCCGGCUGACCAUCGACACCACCCAGACCGUCCCUGAGGACAGAGACAACGACCUCGUCCCUCCCCUGGAGCUGUGCAUCAGAACCAAGUGA